AUCAAUAAAGGGGGCGAACUCCGUCUAAAAGGCUACACUCCACACGAAGGUGAGAGGCAAAGGUUCUUUGCCUUCUAGUCUGUUCUAAACAGAAGUCUGAUUUCUGCUGAUCAUCAUGGCUGAGGGACAGUCACUCCUCAUGAGGAAGACACUUCUAGUCAUCACAGGAGCAAGUCAGGGUUAUGGAGAAUGCCUUGCAAAAACCUUUGCUCAAAGACUACCAUCUGGAUCAGCCUGUUUACUUCUGAGCAGAAAGCCAGCCAAAGUAGAAGAAAUUAGAACUGAAAAUAUGGAAGCAUUUUAUGAGAAAUUUGACCAGUCAAAUUUUGCAGAGUGUGGUCGAUUGUUUAUUCAGGGAAUGAUGGACAAGAAUGGAAUAAAGCUUGCAGAUUAUGAACAGACUAUGAUUAUCCACAACUCUGGUGUGUUAGGGGAUUUGACAAAGUUUGCUUGGGAAAUGGAAGACAAAGACAUGGUUGCAAAUGUUAUCAAUGUGAACAUCACUGGUAUGAUUCUGCUGAACUCGGCAUUGAUGCAGUGUUGUGAGGAUGCAGGACAGAAGAAUAUCUCUAUCAUCAACAUAUCAACUCUAGCAGCAGUCAUGCCUUUACCAUCAUGUUCUCUCUAUUGUGCAAGUAAAGCAGCCAGGGACAUGUAUCUUCAAGUGUUAGCGAAGGAGAGAAGUUGGGUUCGAGUGUUGAACUGGGCACCUGGUCCACUAGAUACAGAGAUGAUGGUCAGCUGUCGGCAGUGUGCAGAUGAUGAACUGAGACAAUCAUAUAUAGAGAUGCAUGAGAAGAAGACGUUGCUUACCUGUUCCCAGUCGGCUGAGAAGCUGAUGCUACUUCUAGAACGGAAUACUUUCAAGUCCGGCGAACACAUAGACUACUAUGAUGUUAAAGAGUAGCGCUACUUUGCAUUCUAUCCUGCUAUCACGCCUUCCGAAGGCCUGAUAUAGGCCUGCCGGAUAAACAUAUUGACAUCCAAGGCAGAAGUGCAUGUGUGGCGUAGGAGUUUAAUAGGAGUUGGAAGUGGCAUUGUGCUAUGACUUUUAUACAUGAACAUGUUCUUUUCAAAUAUAGACUUACCCCACGCUAAAGCUCGCCAAGAUACGCUUUCUUGCUCGCUGGAUAAACGAGCCCCAUCAUGACACCAACCAUGUAUUCUUUAUAUUCAUUUGUCAAAAAAUUGCAUUUAUACUGUUUAACAAUAAUGGAUGAGCUAGUCAAGCACUGCAAAUUUCCUACUGUCAAUUUUUUUUUAUUCAUUUCAUUUUGCUUGGCUUGGAUGAGCUUUUAUGCUGUGGACAGUAAUUAUGCGGAAUUGUAUGUACUUGAAGUCUGUUUUUCAGUGGCAAUUUAACCUAACCCUAAGUUUUGAUAUUGAUUUAUUUUGAGUACAUUUAAUUUUACGAAACUUUUGCUAUCAUUGUUUGUGGUUUUGAUAGAUACACCCUUGAUAUUGUUCAGAAUUAUCUUAAGUGUUGAAUGAUACUUAUAUAUACGAUUAAUUAUUAUACUUCAUGUAUAUGUGUGAUAUAUUUUGUGUGAGUAUUUUCUUUACAAUGUAUUAUUAUUGUUGUUCAUCAAGAAAACAAGUACAGAUUUGACAACUUCAUUAUUACAUAUAUAACAAGAAAAUGAAUGUACACAAUUUGAAAGGUUUUAUGUGUUUGUUAAGUUGUUUUUUGUAAUGUUUGCUCCGUCGAUCACACCAACUAGUUUAUUGAUUGAAGAAAUUCUCCUUCCAUGUAUGUAAGAAGUAGUAAUGGUGAAAACUAUAGGAACAGCAACAUGUGGUUCAUGUACAAAGUAUUUUUAAAUUACCCCAAAAUUAAUUUGUUGAAAAUCUAGUCAAAACUUUACUCAGUAUUAUUUUGAACAUGUAGAAUGACAUAAAAUAGAAAUUAUUCAUUUUUUGUUUAACAAAUAUUUUACUUAUCCAUUGUAUAAUUUACAUAUAUUUACUAGUUGUGAUGCUAUUGUCAUUGUUUUGUAUUUUACCGUUCUACAUUCAUUAUAUUGGUUGUCAUGCAGUAAUAUUAUUAUACCAUUUUUGUACUGCUACUAAGAUUAUUAUAAGAGAAUUAUUCUUAGCUUAGGGAGAUAAAAUGAAAAGUUCAACAUGAUUUUUAUGUGCAGUUACAUAAAGGCACGUUUCAAUGACAUCACACUAAUCAGAUUAUUUUUUUUUGUUAUAAAAUAUUUUGUUUUAAAAGAAUCAUUUGAAUUCAAGUUCUUGUGUAAUUUUGUUCGUCCAGGUACAAUACAGUUUACCGUAAUGUUCUUGUUUUUCAUUUGUUAAUUGGUUAUUAGAAUCAGGCUCUUUGCCAUGUCAAUAUAUUGAAGAACAUGAUAUGCUCCAUUUAUAUCCAAUAUUAAGUCAAGAUUUAAAGUACCAGAAAGAAGUUUUGCAACAAUGUUUUGAUAAUAAUUGUCUUUUAGAAAAAUAUAUAACCUUUAUUUUAUAAUAAUGAAUAGAUCAGCUUUUUUUAUCUUUAAAAUUGGUUAUCUAGUCACUUACCAAUGUUGUUGUCUGUGUCCACAAAGUAUGUACAUUCUAUGUUUUACCCAUGACUUAUACUUAAAAGGCCUCCUGCUUAUCAUAACAACUGCAACAUAAAUUCAUCUUGCGUUGAUAUUGUGCAAAAAACUUAAUUAAGAAUGAUUUAAAAUGACCUUUCAGACUUGUAUCAAUUUUAAAAGUGUGUUUUUUACAAAGUGUGAACAAUAGAACUUUCCUAAAGAUUGGCCAUCUUUUAAUGGACCUGUAGGUGUUAUUUGAGAAUGCUUUUUUGUUGUUAUUUAUAUUUCACAGUUACAUUUUUCAAUAAAGCAUUGUUGUACAUUUCUUUUGAAACCGUGAAAAUAAAGGAAAAUAUACUACAAAGAUGUCAAAUGUUUUUGUUGUGGUUUCUUUUUGUAUUCUGCAGAAACACUUAAAUACUAAGGAAUACAUAAAAUUGCAGAAAUACUGAGGUUUUAUUAAUUGUAGAAAUACUUAAUUUUACAGAAUUACUCAAUUUAAGUUCGAGUAUUGCACAAAUUCUUUAUAUUGGAGAGCUACUUCCUAUUGCAGAAAAACUUCAUAUUGCAGAAAU